UUUGCGCGAGAAAUCAGUCAAUUGAGCCCUUUUCACGGCCAUGGCAGCCCAACAAAUCUCCAACAUGGACAAGCUCCAGCACAAGUCCAUCAUCACAGAACCCAACAAUCUCACAUAUAGCUAUUACCUAUCCCCGAACUUCAACCAGAAGCUGGAUCAAGAUGUCCCGACGCUCAUGUUCGUCCACGGCUACCCGGACGAUGCAUACAUGUGGGCAGGCGCAAUCCCAACUUUCCUCAACCUCCCGUAUCCCUUCAUCGUCCUCGACUUGCUCGGUUUUGGCCACUCCUCCAAACCUUCGGACACGCAAUACUACAACUACCGCGCUCAAGCCCACAGCAUCGCUCAGAUUCUCGACCAUGAAAAAGUCCCCAAUAACGUUAUCCCCAUUGGUCACGAUUGGGGUUCGGCCACGUCGCAGCGCUUCUACCUCUACCACAAACAGCGAUGUAUCGGAUUGAGUUUACUGAGUUUAGCAUAUCAGAUCCCCAGCUCAGAGAAAUUCGAUCUCGACACUGCGAAUGUGCUGACGGAGAAACGUUUUGGAUAUCCGCAAUGGGAAUACUGGAACUUCUUCACGAAACCCGAUGCGGCGAAUCUUAUGAGGAAGAAUAUUGAAAGAUUCUACGACGUUAACCAUGGACUGUAUCUUUCUGAUCGACCGGGUGAAGAAGGACGGGACAUUUGGAUGCGAGAGAUGUUUUGUGUUCCUGGCGCCAUGGAAGAUUAUGUGGUGGGGAAAGGGAAGUGGGCUGGUGGGAAGAGGGUGGAUUUGAAACCCUAUGCGAAGGAUCCUGUUCUGUUGCAAAGAUUCAAGGAGAGGAUGUGUCGGGAUGGGUUGGAAGCUCCUGUGCAGUAUUAUCAUUCGUUGAAGAAUAAUACAAUGGUUGAGGAUGAAAAGGCGCUGGUGGAGAAGAAGGAUGGAUCGAAGAUUGAAGUGCCGCUGUUGUAUAUUGCGCAGACUGGUGAUUGGGUCUGUAGGACGGAUUUGAUGGAUGAUCCGAAAAAGGCGGGUUUGGUGCAAGAUGUCGAGGAAAAAGUGGUUGAAGCCGGGCAUUGGGUGUUGUACGAGAAGCCAGAGGAGAUUGCGAGCAUUCUUAAGGAGUGGUUAGUGAGAAGAUUUCCUGUAAAGUCAUAGAUAUAACCAAAGACCGCGCAAAGGGAGUGAUUUGUUUCGCUCAUCCUUUUGGGUCUGUCUUGCGACUCGCCUUUUCUCUCCAAUAAGCGAGAAUUUGCUAGCACAAGAGAAAUGC